AUGCCACGGAAAAUCGAGAAAUUGUUUACUAAAAACAAAUAUCGAUUCAACUCAUCUAAGAAAGAAAACGCAUUCGAUUGGGAAGACAUACAAAACGUAACUCUCCGCAGUAAACUUUACACAUUCGAUGAUACUUAUUUAACUGAAUCAGAAGACGAAAGAGUUCGACGCCGUCAUGAAAGACAGAGUUUUCCUCUUGAGUCAAAGGUAAUUCAAAACACAGAAAGUGAUCCGCGAGAUGAUGGCUCCCCGUUUGUCACAGACUGGUUUCUCUAUUUCACUAAUGGCCAAUUGAAGCUAUCAUUCAAUGACCUCUUUGAUGCGCUGAUCAAUGGCAUACGAAAAGAAGGUCAAUUUAGAUCUGAAUCAGAACUAAAUAAAAUAAUUAACGCCCUCAUCGAUAUAAAAAAGGACGAUUCAAUCAAAUCUAAAGGUGAACGCAUGAAACGAUUAGAAGAAGCAUGCGCAAAGCUUUACACGAAAACAAGUUUUCUUUUCGAAGUUGUUAACCGAACCUUGCGCGAUAAUGAUCGUAGUAAAUUGACUUCACUCGGACCUUAUUGCUUCCUCGUUUACAACUACAUUGGUAGUCAAAUGCCUAAAUAUACAUCAAUUCCAUCCUAUUUUCGGCGAAGAAGUAACUCGACACAAUCAUCAUCAAUCGUUGUCUAUCGAGGUUGUGGCGCAACAAUGGAACUCAUUAACCAAUACCGUCAAGCAGCUGGACAAAAAGAUAAAUAUUUUAAAUGGUUAUCAUUUGUGUCAACUUCACUUGAUGAAAGUGUGGCUAAAACAUUCAUUUGUAAUGUCUUAUAUGAAAUUGAGUUGCAGCAGAAUGCAUUGAACGAUCAAUUCGUGAACUUAGAAAAUAUAUCCUAUCAUGCUGAUGAGAGAGAAAUUUUAUUACGACCAGGUGUUCGCUUUCGAGUCAGCCGAGUGGAAACAAUUGAAACAGACAAAUUAAAAGACAUUACAAAGAUCAGUAUCUCUAUUGUUCCAUCAUUUAUAUCUCUACUAAUGUGA